UCAAGAGGAAAAUUUUUCAAUUAAGCCCCAGAAGUUUACUCCUCGCCUGAAUACCUCAGAAUGGCCAUUAUUACUAAAGAAUUAUGAUAAGCUUCAUGUUCGUACCGGACACUACACACCUGUCGUUCAAGGAUGUUCUCCACUUAAGCGUGAUCUGGAUGAAUACAUAAGAUAUGGAGUAAUAAAUCUUGAUAAACCAGCGAAUCCUUCUUCACAUGAAGUAGUCGCUUGGAUUCGUAAAAUUCUUGAAGUCGAGAAAACUGGUCAUAGUGGCACAUUAGAUCCUAAAGUUACGGGUUGCUUGAUCGUUUGUAUUGACCGAGCUACUCGCUUGGUUAAAUCUCAACAAAGUGCAGGCAAAGAAUAUGUUUGUGUUAUUCGAUUCCAUGAUGCUUUAGAGUCUGUCAAAAAGUUUUCUUCUGCUUUGGAGACUCUUACCGGUGCUCUUUUCCAACGACCGCCUUUGAUUUCUGCAGUCAAACGGCAAUUACGUAUUCGUAGUAUUUAUGAAAGCAAGUUAAUUGAAUUUGAUAAUAAUCGUCAUUUGGGCGUGUUUUGGGUGAGCUGUGAGGCUGGAACUUAUAUCCGUACACUUUGUGUUCACCUGGGGCUUAUUCUUGGUAUUGGGGCACAUAUGCAAGAACUUCGGCGUGUUCGCUCGGGUGCGAUGUCCGAAAAUGAUGACAUAGUCACAUUGCAUGAUGUGUUAGAUGCUAAAUGGGUCCAUAAAAAUACUAAAGACGAAUCAUAUAUUCGAAGAGUUAUUCGACCACUUGAAUCUCUCUUAGUAUCAUAUAAACGAAUUGUUGUCAAAGAUAGUGCUGUUAAUGCUAUAUGCUAUGGAGCUAAAUUAAUGAUACCAGGUCUGCUCCGGUAUGAAGAAGGGAUUGAAAUUAAUGAGGAAGUUGUUCUUAUGACUACAAAAGGAGAAGCAAUUGCUCUCGGAAUAGCUUUGAUGACAACUGUAGUUAUGGGAACUGUAGAUCAUGGUGUUGUUGCAAAAAUAAAACGAGUCAUCAUGGAGCGCGAUACCUAUCCAAAAGUUUGGGGAUUAGGGCCUAAGGCUAUGGAGAAGAAAAAACUGAUCUCUGAAGGUAAAUUGGAUAGACACGGUCGUGUCAAUGAUAAUACGCCAACAGAUUGGAAAAAAUCAUAUGUUGAUUUACGUGGAAUUGGAGACAAAAAUGCUUCAGAUACAGCACAAAUGGAAGGUCUAAUACCUUUGACAACGGAAUCUAAGCCUACUACUACAUUAAUACAAGAAGUUGUUGAUAAUACGUCUGUGAACACCGAAGAAGAAAAAUCUUUAAAGAAGGCAUGUAAAUUUCCAAAGAUUGAAGAAGACUCUCCAGAGGAAGGAAAAAUAAUUAAAAAAGAAAAAAAGCAUAAGAAACCAAAGGUUCAUGAAGACGAACAACCGCAAUUCCCUGAAAAGCCGGACGAUGAUGAUGGAAAGCCCGAAGGAUCGACUAAAGAAUCGACUAAAGAUAAGCCAAAGAAAUCGAAGGAGAAGAAAGAAAAAAAGGAGAAAAAAGAAAAGAAAGAAAAGAAAGAGAAGGAAAAGGGGAAAGCAAAAGCCCCGAGUUGUUAG